AUUAGAAGUCAUUAAUAGGAAUUACUGACAUUAAUUAAAACGUUGUUAGGUUUAUUACUGGGUAGGUAAAUUCCUGGUAAUAUUGGAAAGGCAUUUGUUUAAAAGAAGAUAUUUGUUUCAGCAGACAUCAUAGUUUAGGUGACUAUUGGUGGUGAUACAUAGUGAAUACAUCAAUAUUCCAAUAUGAAAGCAGUUGUUAUUUUCUCAUUGUUUAUUGCUGCCACUAUGGCUAGCUAUGGACAUGGAGGUGGAUCAUAUGGAGAAGGUCUUUAUGAAGGAGAUGAACAAUACGGAGAAAGUAAUUAUGGAAGAGGUGAACAAUACGGAGAAAGUAAUUAUGGAAGAGGUGAACAAUACGGAGAAAGGCAUUAUGGAAGAGGUGAAUCACACGGAGAAGGUCAUUAUGGAGGAAGACAUCAUGGAAGUCAUGGAAGAGGUCACUACUUCAAAAACUUCGUCCUCGCAAGUCGUGAAAAGUCGUUGCUUCAUCGGCUCCACUCACAAUGCCAAGAGGAGAGCUCGUGUGAAUUGGAAUACAUCCAAGAUCCGUUCAGAUACGAGGAUUACGAGCCUUUGGGAGAUUAUAUGUUAUGCCUGGCCAAGGGAUAUGGAUUUAUGGGUAGACAUGGACAAUUGAAUAUGGAGAACUUGAGAUAUAAGCUUGGAAUGAUCUGCGGUGAGGAAGAUCCUGAGUACUACAUCAAGACUUGCGCUGUUCCUGGUGAAUAUCCCGUCAACACAGCUUUUGGUCUAUGGAGAUGUCUAGAUAACCAUGGUUUUCAUUUCUUGAAGGAAUGCUUAUAAUACCUUUUGUGAUUAGCUUUUUUGUAAAUAAUUUUAGAAUAGAAAAUAAAUGUUUAUAAGAAC